AUGCCGAAGUCCUUUCUUGUUCGAAAGUAUCUUAAAAAGCAGCAACAGCAACAACUGGAACAAAAGGAAAGGCAAGACCAGGGUCAACAGGAGGAACAUGUAGAGAAUUUAGGUCUGAAAGUCAAUGAGGAAGAACACCAGUUGUGUGAUAUCGGUGAACCUGCAGCCGCUGCAGCUGAAACUAGACACGAUGAGAUGGACUUCAUCGCAUCCACGCCUCCAGUCGUCGAGGGGGCGGAACUUAAACGAGAACCAAUACAGAAUUUGGAGAGUCGACAAGAAAUGCCCAGAAGUUCACAUGUAGUUCGCAAACCUAAGACAUUAAAAUUGCAGCCGUUUAGUCAUGGGUAUAUGCAUAAAGAGCGAAUAGAUCCCAGAAUGACCUACCCAUUUUCUCCCAUGUGUCAUGAACAGAAGGUAUAUAACUACAUGCUUCAAUCUCCGAGUUCUUUACAUUGUGGUAUGGGAAUGACCGACGCUCUUUCUCCACUUCCGGGCUACUCCUUCCGGCAGCACGAGCUAGCAUCUCCCGGAUCUCCAGUAACACCAGUCAUUAGUCCUGCACGUGAGCGGGAACUUGAUCUACCAAUGAAGGAGGUUAGACGACAACAGCAAGAGUUAAUGGACAAAGAGCGUCUCAAAACUGCAGUUUUCUCCAACAAUACAGACAACUAUCAGGCAAAAAUGAAAGUGGAAUCAAAAUCCAACGUUAACCACGAACAAUACCCGCCUACAUCAUUGAUGAGGCGUUCUCUAUUACAAGGAGUCGAGCUUGUCAACGGCGGAUAUGGCAUUAAGAAUCCCUUACUAGCACAUAUACGCAUGGACGACGGUGUGGCGGAGGAAUUAGCAGAACAGACUAAUGAUAAUAAAUAUGUCUGUAAAGUCUGCAACAAGUCCUUCCAGCUUCAGAGACUGCUAAACAGACAUCUAAAAUGUCACAGCGAGAUAAAACGCUACCUGUGUACCUUCUGUGGCAAGGGUUUCAACGACACUUUCGACCUCAAGCGACACACGAGAACGCAUACAGGUGUCCGCCCGUACAAAUGUGACCAAUGUGGGAAGGCUUUCACUCAGCGAUGUUCUCUGGAAUCUCACUGCAGGAAAGUCCACAAUUCUAAAUUUGCUUUUGCUUAUAAGGAACGUCGGAGGAAGCUGUAUGUUUGUGAGGAUUGUGGACAUACGACCAGUGAUCCAGGCGUCCAUUAUGUACACUUAAAAAAUUUCCACCCACAAAGUCCAGUACUGAUGAAGUUUUAUGAUAAACGACAAUUUAAAUUCGCCGAGGAGAAUUCUUUGAGCAAUUGCGCAAUACAGUAUUGA